GCCGUUUCGUCUCAGGGUCUAGCGUCCUCAGCUUAUCGCGUGAGCCUGCAGUUCAACGGUACUCCCCGCCCCCACGCAGCAGCGAAGAUGGCGCGCGUCAAGGCCUAUGAGCUGCGCUCCAAGACCUCCAAGGAGCUCCUGAAGGACCUCGACGAGAUGAAGAGCGAGCUGUCUCAGCUGCGCGUGGCGAAGGUUGCGGGUGGAGCCGCGUCCAAGUUGGCCAAGAUCAAGAUUGUCCGGAAGUCGAUUGCGCGCAUCCUGACCGUCUACAACCAGAAGCAAAAGGCGGAGGCUCGCAAGGAGUGCAAGGGCAAGAAGUACGUCCCCCUCGAUCUGAGGCCCAAGAAGACCCGCGCGCUGAGGCGUGCGUUGAAGACGGAGCAAAAGAUUGCCAAGACGGCGAAGGAGAAGACGCGCGCGAGCAACUUCCCCAUGAGGCGUUUCGUGGUGACCAUGUGAUCCUGGAUGCUGCAGGCGUGGUUUUGACUUGCGAGUUGCGCAGGCGAGCGCGGGACAUGGCGGAGCUCCUCCUCCUUCUCCUCCUCCCUCCACCAUCCGUCGCCUCUGUCCUCUUUUCUCCUCGGCUCUCGUCCUUCUCCUUCUUGUGUUCCAUGACGCUGGCGCUGGGCCUCAUCCUCCUCGCCCUCCUCUAGGGAGCCCCACCAAAGGCCACAAUGGCACACUUUACAUGCGUCUCCGCCA